UUUUUUGCGUGGGUAUUAUUAUAUCAGCCGUUCGUUCGCCGGGUUAUGCAACAGCGUGGCUGUUCGCCGGCACAGAGCGGCACACAACCGUCCGUUCCCGGUGGCUUCUCUCGCCUCGGCUCUUGAACUUUCCUCCAUCCUCAGCCUUUGGGGCGAAAUAAGAGGGAGAGGGAUGCGAUUCCACGUGCCGCGGAUACGGGGGGAGGCCGGCCACGCGUCCGUCAAGUGCGUCACCGCGGAUGUAGGUGACCGCCGGGGUCUGCGUUGCUGUCCGUCAAGGAAUUGAUCCCCGGACGGCAGCCUGGCUUGGAUGUAAUGGACCUGGACAAUCCCUCGGACCAAGACGACGGCUCUCGGGAGUCCCCUCCGGAGAGGGCCGGGCAGAGACGGGGCGAGACCCCCGAGGGGAACCCCGGCAUGGAUCCGGCCGGAGGGACCGCCGCCGCCACCCCCUCCCGCGUCACGGGCUUCCUCACCCGCCGUCUCAAGGGCUCCAUCAAACGGACAAAGAGCCAGCCCAAGCUCGACAGGAACGGCAGCUUCCGGCACAUUCUCCCGGGCUUCAGGACCACCCUGGACAAUGAGAGAUCCCAUCAGAUGCCGAGGCUGAAGGAGUCGCGCUCCCACGAGUCCCUGCUCAGUCCCAGUAGCGCGGUGGAGGCCCUGGACCUCAGCAUGGAGGAGGAGGUGGUCAUCAAGCCCGUGCACAGCAGCAUCUUGGGCCAGGACUUCUGCUUCGAGGUGACAACGUCUUCCGGCAGCAAAUGCUUCUCCUGCCGAUCGGCGGCCGAGCGCGACAAAUGGAUGGAGAACCUGCGGCGGGCCGUCCACCCAAACAAGGACAACAGCCGUCGAGUGGAGCACCUGCUGAAGCUGUGGAUCAUCGAGGCCAAGGACCUUCCGGCCAAGAAGCGCUACCUGUGCGAGCUGUGCCUGGACGAGGUGCUGUACGCGCGCACCACGUGCAAGCUCAAGACGGACAACGUCUUCUGGGGGGAGCACUUUGAGUUCUCCAACCUGCCCCCGCUGCGCAGCAUCGCCGUCCACCUCUUCCGGGAGACGGACAAGAAGAAGAAGAAGGACAAGGCCAGCCUGGUGGGCCUGGUCAGCAUCCCGGCCGCGGCCGUGGCGGGGCGCCAGUUUGUGGAGAAGUGGUACCCGGUGUCGGGGGCGCCGGCGGGGAAGGGCAAGGCGGGGGCGCCGGCCAUGAUCCGCAUCAAGGCGCGCUACCAGAGCAUGAGCAUCCUGCCCAUGGAGAUGUACAAGGAGUUCGCCGAGUACGUCACCAACCACUACCUGGCCCUCUGCGCCGCCCUGGAGCCCGCCCUCAGCGCCAAGAGCAAGGAGGAGAUGGCCGCCGCCCUCGUCCACAUCCUCCAGAGCACCGGCAAGGCCAAGGAUUUCCUGACGGACCUGAUGAUGUCGGAGGUGGACCGCUGCGGGGACAACGAGCACCUGCUCUUCCGGGAAAACACGCUCGCCACCAAGGCCAUCGAGGAGUACCUCAAGCUGGUCGGGCAGAAGUACCUCCAGGACGCCCUCGGGGAGUUCAUCAAGGCGCUGUACGAGUCGGACGAGAACUGCGAGGUGGACCCGGGCAAGUGCUCGUCCUCGGACCUGCCGGAGCACCAGAGCAACCUCAAGAUGUGCUGCGAGCUGGCCUUCUGCAAGAUCAUCAACUCCUACUGCGUCUUCCCGCGGGAGCUGAAGGAGGUCUUUGCCUCGUGGCGGCAGGAGUGCAGCAGCCGGGGCCGGCCGGACAUCAGCGAGCGGCUCAUCAGCGCCUCGCUCUUCCUGCGCUUCCUCUGCCCGGCCAUCAUGUCCCCCUCGCUCUUCCACCUGCUCCAGGAGUAUCCCGACGACCGCACCGCCCGCACUCUCACCCUCAUCGCCAAGGUCACGCAGAACCUGGCCAACUUCGCCAAGUUUGGGAGCAAGGAGGAGUACAUGUCCUUCAUGAACCAGUUCCUGGAGCACGAGUGGACCAACAUGCAGCGCUUCCUCCUGGAGAUCUCGAACCCGGAGACGAUCUCCAACACGGCCGGCUUCGAGGGCUACAUCGACCUGGGCCGGGAGCUCUCCACCUUGCACUCCCUGCUCUGGGAGGUGGUGGCUCAGCUGGACCAGAGCACUGCCACCAAGCUGGGGCCCUUGCCGCGCAUCCUGAGGGACGUCAGCGCCGCCCUGAGCAACCCGGCCUCCUGCCUGCAAGUCUCGGUGACCGCCGACCACGGCGCCUCCACGCCCAGUGCCCCCGGCAGUGGCGGCAUCUCCGCGGGGCUGCAGAAGAUGGUGAUCGAGAACGACUUGUCUGGUCUGAUAGAUUUCACACGGUUACCGUCUCCAACCCCCGAAAACAAGGACUUGUUUUUUGUCACAAGGUCUGCCGGCCCGCAGCCCUCGCCGGCCCGGAGCUCCAGCUACUCGGAGGCCAAUGAGCCCGAAGUCCCGAUGGCCAACGGCGGCAAGAGCCUGUCCAUGGUGGACUUGCAGGACAAUCGCGCUCUGGACGCCGGGGCCGGCCUGGCCGAGGCGCUCCUUGAGGCCCCGCCGCCCCCGCUCGGGCCGGUCCCGGUGGGGAUGUGGUGCGCCACGGCCGUGCGGACGCAGGCGGGGGCCGUGCCCGCCAUGGCCACCGUGCGCCGCGCGGGGCAGACCCCCACCACGCCCUGCGCCGAGAGCGCCCCCGGGCGGCCCCAGCUCCUGGCCCCGCUCUCCUUCCAGAACCCGGUCUACCAGAUGGCGGCCGGGCUGCCGCUCUCCCCCCGGGGCCUGGCCGACUCGGGCUCCGAGUGCCACAGCUCCCUCAGCUCCCACAGCAACAGCGAGGACUUGGCGGCCUCCGCCGCGAAGCACGGCUUCGGCAACCCCUCCGCCGCCGCCACGGAGGACUUCAACCGCCGCGCGGGGGAGCUGGCCCGCCGGCAGCUCUCGCUGACCAUGGACAAGGCCGGGCAGCCCACCAUGCCGCGGCAGAACAGCGGCGGGCCCCAGCGGCGGAUAGACCAGCCCCCGCCCCCGCCGCCCCCGCCGCCCAUCUCGCGGGGCAGGACCCCCCCCUCGCUGCUGAGCACCAUGCAGUACCCGCGCCCCUCCAGCGGGGGCGUGCUCUCCUCCUCCUCGCCCGACUGGCCCCUCGCCGGCGGAGCGGGUGCCGGCGGGGCACGGCUGCGGCAACAGUCCUCCUCCUCCAAGGGAGACAGUCCCGAGAUGAAGCAGCGCACCAUGCACAAGCAGGCCCCUUCACCCGUGCACCCCAAUGCCCUGGACCGCACGGCCGCUUGGCUGUUGAAUAUGAACGUGCAAUUUUUAGAAGAGGAGAGCAGUGACCCAGAGCCCAAGCACAGGGAUAAGACCCGGAGUAAAGACGAGUUCAGCCAAGGGGAAAAGCAGCAGCAGCAGCAGCAGCAGGACGUGGUGGUGCUCCAGGACAAGCUGCGGCUCUGCAACAAGAAGCUGGAGGAGUACGAGGCGCGGUACAAGUGCCAGGAGGAGGCCACGCAGAAGCUGGUGGUGGAGUACCAGGCGCGGCUGGAGGAGAGCGAGGAGCGGCUGCGGCGGCAGCAGGAGGACAAGGAGAUCCAGAUGAAGGGCAUCAUCAGCAGGUUGAUGUCGGUGGAGGAGGAGCUGAAGAAAGACCACGCGGAGAUGCAGGCGGCCGUGGACUCCAAGCAGAAGAUCAUCGAUGCCCAGGAAAAGCGCAUCGCCACCCUGGACGCCGCCAACGCCCGCCUCAUGAGCGCCUUGACGCAGCUGAAAGAGAGGUACAGCACCCAGACCCGUAACGGGAUCUCCCCCACAAACCCGACCAAGUUGCAGAUCACGGAGAACGGCGAGUUCCGGAACAGCAGCAACUGCUAACCUGCUGUCGGAGAGAAUGAGAGAGGGAUUGCGAGAGAGAGAGAGAGAGAGAGAGAAAGGAAAGAGAGAGGGAGCAGACGGAAGGGUCCGGUGCCCCCUCCACCGCCCCCCGUCCUCCCCAGAUGUGCCAGGAAGAUGUGCACCCACCCCUCCAUCCUCUUCAUCACCAAAGACGUCUCGCGUGGCCGGAAACGCAAAGUGGCGCAGGGAGACUUUGCCGACGGUUGUGCUGGGCUUGACUCCCGCCGACGACCAGAAGCAGAUCCCAUGCGGAAGAGCGAAGAAGGCUUGUGUCGUUGCGGAAUUUUUUGGCCCAGGUUCGCUUCCCGGCCAACGCACCAAAAGUUUCUUGCCUCCUGUUUCAAGGGACUCCCACCCUUUGCUGCUGCUUCGGGGGGCCGAGAGACGGGCAGAAGAAAGAGAAUAAAAAGGGAGACAGCUGGUGGGCAGGCUCCUCAUCGGUGCCCGGGUCCGGCGCUGAUGCGCAGCCCUGUUUCCCGGCCACUUUGGGGCUUCUCUCAGACUCGGUUCAAGCUCACUGUGGCAUCGUCCCUCGCUCUGGAGUCCAUCCUCUCUCCGCCGUAGGUCCCAGGCCCACUGGGUUUCCCCAAAGACAACGGAGGGGGGAAAGUCGCCACUGUCCUUGCCUUUAGGGGGGAAAGCAUUCGAUUCCUAGGCCUGGCGAACCGUCUGGGCCAAGCUCCUCCACGUCACCAAUGCACUGACUGUCCUGAGGAGGUGCUGCGAGGAGCAAAUCGUCAAGAUAAGGGAGGGGGUUACAGGGAUGAUAGAUACCUGCCACUCAAGAUUCCCACCAUGUUGGGGUCAGAAGCGGAGCCAUAUCAUCUGACAUUGAGAUGCCCGCUGUCCGUCCCAUCUCGCUGCUUGCCAUGAGCUUCCUUUCUUCUUGGAGGAAGAAAUAGGCACACGUAUCCACAUGGAAGUAGGCACAUGUAUCCAAAGCCUGGCCUAACUAUAAGCAGGCGGCACGAGCCUGUGUUGGCUUGGACGAGGCCACAUGUGUCCAGCUUUGCUUGGAAAGGGCUGCCGGCCUCAGUGUCGGUAAAGCCGGGCCAAGAGUGGGGGGCAGGGUAGGUAGUGACGGCCGUGCAAGGAUCGCACAGGUGGAAAACCAGUCCGUAUUGUCUUGCGCCCCUUGUCCUGUACUUUUCUGCCCCAAACAGUGUGUCCAAACGGUUUGGGGAGGGAAUGGCGUGACCCUGGCACAGACCCCGGCCCUAAGCCGUUGGUUGUUUUGGGGGAAAAUGCUGCUAAACUAGGAGGAGGAGAGAGGACGGGGAGCGACGCGAUCGUUGUUCUGCCCGGAAGGACGCGCGAAGAUCGGUAACGCCUGUCUCUUUUCUUUCACAGUAUGCGUUAGGAAUAAAAACAGUCCAAAACCAAAA